AUGCUGAAGGUGUCCGUGAGAGUUAUAGUAGCGGUGCUUGCCCUUGUCAUUUCACUUCUUGACUUCUGCGCAUCAACUGAAAAAAUCCCACGAAAAUGGGCAACUUUCUCGGCAAAUAUCACAGGUUUGAGCCGCUAUAACGUCUCUAAUGUUGAUGUUAAAGAGGAGAUUCUGUGUAGUAUUUUGGCAACUAAAGACGGACUGGCGACGAACCUCUUCUGCUUCGGACCAAAAGGCUGUGUUUUCGGACAAGUUUACCUACCGGACGUUGAAGGAGAGCAAACCCCAGAUUACAGCUGCUACUAUUCCCAAGUUUGCCUUCACGACAACAAAACUCUCCACGAAGGAGAAGUGGUUCCUAGCCCUAUCUGCCUGACGUGCACCAAGCGUGGCAUGGUCAACCUAACUAAUGAUGUGCCACCGCUGACAAGCUGCACUCCGCCCUUCGUGCAACACCCGUUCGGCUGCAUGUACUUCAACCUGAAAACGAUGACGCUCUGCGAAGCGAGGGCUUACUGCCAGUCCCUUGGGGCACAACUGGCGUCGCCAACCACACAUGACAACUUCCUCGCCCUGGUGGCCUACCUUCUGGCGACUUACGGAACAACUUACCAAAAACCCUUCUGGGCCGGAGUUUACUACAUCAACGGGAACCAUAGCUAUGAAUCGAACGGUCGCUGGCCCGGACCUGACGGUCAGUACGAGUGGUUCGCGGACCAGCCCAACUACGGUGGCCAGGACUGCGUUAGGUUCAGCUUUCCGACAACCUACCGGUUGGCCGACGACUUCUGCACCUCGAAAAAUGCGGUCAUCUGCCAUGCCUGGAACCUAGAGAUCUAGGUCAUCUGUCAUGCCUGGAACCUAGAGAUCUAGGUCAUCUUUCGUGGCUGGAGAUCUAGGGCACUUUUCAUGCUUGGAACCUAGAAACACGCUACGAAUCAUCUGUUUGUCGUCAUAAAAGACAUCGGCUCGAACUGUAUGUGCAUUGCUUGAUACAUUCGUGAUUAAAAUCUCAACUAAUUUUUCUGUAUUGAGAUAAGAAAGACCUGCGUUAUUCACGCUGGUCUUCAAUAGGACGGGUAUCUCUCCAGAUCCUUCGAACCUCCGCCCAGCUAUCAUGGACAUGACGUGUUCGAAUUUACGGUGAAAAAACGGUCUGACACGCGUUCUAGUGGCUGGACAUCUCAUAAAAACCGGUUUCGCCGUUUUAUAAAUGGGGUACGGGCUCCUCGUGUUGAAUUGAAAAUAUAAUAAUAAAUGAAACGACGGCUUGGUAUUUUAUUUCACGCGCCGGCCGGCCACACGAACGCCAGUCAAACCGUUUUACGGCUUUUUUUCAAAGAGUGUGGUUUCUGUUUCGUAUAUCUAACUUAUACGCUAGAUCAUUACAAUGUUUUUUCUCUGGACAUAUCAAAUGAAUUAGUAUCACCUUUAGUUAUGCUAUUGAAUGAUUCAUUUUGUAAUCAACGUUCAUGUCAACAUAUUGCUUACCUGCGUCGCUAUAGUAACGAUAUUGUUCAUCUUCAUGACGAUCCAGUCGAAAUUAUGUCCAUUUCUACAAAGUUCUACCCAAAUACUGAUCAUAUUUGCGACGUUCAGUCAUUAUAUUAUUCACUUUCAUUACGUCUUAGGCAUAAAGCUGUUCAUCUUUACGGCUUUCUACUCAAAUAUUAUUCACCUUCACGACGUUUAAUUAUUGUUCAUCUUUAAGACAGUCUAGGUAAUAUUUGUACAAUGUACAAUAUAAUGUAUAUGCUCAUCCAUCAUUUUGGAACGUUAAAUAAACUGUGAACUCAUUAUAAUAUAGUUGAAAAUAAAAAUGCACAUGUCACGUAUAUUCGUCGCGAAGAAUUUUGAAUACACGAUUUUCGUCGUUCACUCUCAUUAAAAUCGGUUUCUACUGAAACAAACUAAGUAUAAUGGUGAUUUUUGGUAUCAUAAAAUUAGUAUUGCACAUUAGUUCUAAACGAGAAGUAAGUCGUUAAUUCACAACUCUAAAGAAGUCAAUUAACAUUAAGAGUUAAAACACGAACCAAAUAUUUCCUUCACUUCACUCGAGCGCACCAAACUAAAGUUAAGAUCUAACAUAAUCGACGAUGUUUACUCUGUGCAUAACACGCGUGCCCCAGGCCAACUGGAUAUAUUAGAAGUGUAUUUGAGAAGAACUUCAGGAGCACCUGUGUAUAGUAUUUCAGAGCAAGUAAACCUUU